GUCAUGCAAUACAAAAUAUGUGAAUCCAAAACCAAAACAAACAUUUUUCCUGUUUUAAAAAUAGUUAAAAAUGUCUCAAAAUCCUGCUAUUUUCACACAAAAUGCAACAGGGAAUGCUUUUAGUUUAUCCGCGGAGUGUAAAGUGAAUGAUCUGUGUCGAUUGUGCCUCAUAUCAACUGCUGAUAGGCUAGAAAUCUUUAGUGCCAUUGGCGAAGAGAUGAACAUUAGCAACACAAUUCGUCUCCUGUUCAAUUCCCAGGUGCUGAGGGAUGAUCGGUGGCCCCAGAGCGUUUGUAUGUCAUGCUGUGAGAAGUUGAAUGAAUUCCAUGGAUUUUACUGCACUGUCAAGUCCUCGGAAGAGACUCUCAUGGGAAUUUGUGGUCAUAUAGAAGUCCAGACCACCCAGACAGAAGAUUUCGCAGGUGAAGAUGAGAAAUUCUUCAUCAAUGAAGUAGAAACAGUGGAAAAAAUUGGUGAAGGCGCGGUAGAAGUAAAACAGGAAUCUGAAACAGAAUCUCCAGAAGAUACUGGAGCGUAUGAUGAUGAACCAGAAAGUGAAGAAGAUACUCCCUUGAAGAGUCGAAAAUCUCCAGAUAAGAAGGUGCCAAGGAAGAAAAAGAUUACAAGGGGCAAUUCAACCAAGAAAGAAGUUCUCGAUGAGAUCAUUGCCAAGUUCGUCAAUUUAAAUUGUGAACUGUGCACAGCUUCUUUCACAGUCUUCGAGGAUCUCAAGCAGCAUUACUGCGAUGCUCACAGUCAAGUGGGCUACGUCAGAUGCUGCAAUACGAGAUUUGAGAGGCGCCAGCGUCUUGUUGAGCAUGUUCACUUUCACGUAGAUCCCAAGAGUUUUGAGUGUCAGGAAUGUGGGAAGGCUUUUAAGUUUCGUAAUCACCUUCAGGAACAUCUAAGUAUUCAUAUUCCGCCAGAUCAGCGACAAUUUAAGUGUGAUCAGUGUCCUAAAAGUUACACAAAACUCUGUCGGCUUACGGCCCAUCAGAAGGUGCAUGUCCCUCCGGAGGAACGUGAGCACAUCUGCCCUCAGUGCAAUAAGGCCUUUUCCACUGGCUCAGUAAUGCGUUCCCAUAUCAAAAUUGUCCAUGAGAGAUGCCAGACGAAAGUCUGUGAGUUCUGUGCGAGGAUCUUCAAGACCAAGGAAGCCUUUGUGGCCCAUCAGAUUAAUCACAUGGAACAGAAACCUCCCAAAGUGCAAUGUGAGUAUUGCGGAAAGAAGUUCAAGCAGCGACCUGGACUCCUCAGGCACAUGCUUAGGCACAAAAAUCCCAAUCAGGCUUUCCAGUGCGACAUUUGCAGCAGGACAACAACAACCAAGAGAGCACUGUACAUGCACAAGAAGUAUGUUCAUACGACUCAGCCACUGAAGUGUAAUCUCUGCGACAGGGAAUUCAAGAGGCCAAUUAAUCUAAAGGAGCAUAUGGCAUCCCAUACUGGCCAGCAACAACUGUAUAAUUGCAAUUUCUGCGACAAGAUGUUUAAUAGUAAUGCCAACAGGUAUUCCCAUCAAAAGCGGAAGCAUCCGCAAGAGUGGGAAGAAGCCAUGCGGAAGAAGAAUGACAUGAUAUUCGGGAGCAAAUUCGGGAAAAAGACAGCGAGCAUCGAAGGAAUCGGUGAAGAGUCGGGUGUUUGUGGCUCCUGGGCAGAGAGUGUGGAAGUAGAUGCCGAAGCGAGAGAAGAAGAAGGCUUCGGAAAAGCUCGAGGUGAUUGGGGCCCUGUGGGCCCCCCUGAUGAAUUUAAUCUCUACAACGUGACCCACAGAGGUGAAAUGCCCACUCUGGAACAGACGCAGAACAAGAAUUAUAAAGCUCUUAAAGUUGCAUUUUUCACCCAUCCAUCCGAUAACGAGAAAUAUUUCGUUAUUGGUGGUGAAGAAAUAAGAAAAUUGAACAUAUUUGAAGUGCACAGUGGAUUGAAGCUGAUAUCUUCUGAAAAAUUCAAGACCAUCACGAGGCUCAACAGUGGCGAUUUGCUGCUUCAAACUUCAUCUACCCGGCAAAUUGAGUCCCUAAAAAAACUGACCAGUUUUGGCGCCAAUAAAAAGCCCGUUACAAUUUCUGAGAACGGUGCUCUAAAUCAAUCUCAAGCCAUUAUCCGUUGCCGAGAGAUAAUGCAACUUGAUAUGGAAACAAUUCGUCAGGGAUUAAGUGACCAAAAUGUGGUUCAUGUGCAAAGACUGAAACGACGAGAAAAUAACACUUGGAUAGAUACUGCCACACAUAUCCUCACUUUUGAUUCUCCAAUUUGCCCUGCUGAAAUAAAUGUAGGAUGCCUCGUCAUCAAAACGGAAUUGUAUAUUCCAUCACCUUUCCGAUGUGUUAUCUGUCAGCGGCUGGGUCACACAAAAAAAAGGUGUGAUUCUAAAAAGAACGUGCACACCUGUGGAUAUUGUGCGAAACCCUUCCACGGUAAUGAGGAACCCUGUCCUGGACCAGCCAAGUGCAUCAAUUGCUUGGGAGAACAUCCAAGUUCCAGCAGACUUUGUCCGAAAUACAUCGAAGAAAAGGAAAUCAACGCCAUCCGCGUUACUAUGAGGAUCCCGUAUAAACUCGCCAGAGAGGAGCUAAAGAAUCGAAAGUUCAUCAAACCUGCAGCACAUCUGAAACCCACCUCCCCAAUUAAUCAGUCAGGAAAAUCAUAUUCUAAUAUUCUUAAAACUCAAAAUUCUAACGUAAAUUCUCAAUCUCCAAUUGUCCAGCAAAAAAUUGCUAAGCGUAUCUCAACACCGAAAAAUAAGUUAAAAAUGGCUCAAAAUCCUGCUAUUUUCACACAAAAUGCAACAGGGAAUGCUUUUAGUUUAUCCGCGGAGUGUAAAGUGAAUGAUCUGUGUCGAUUGUGUCUCAUAUCAACUGCUGAUAGGCUAGAAAUCUUUAGUGCCAUUGGCGAAGAGAUGAACAUUAGCAACACAAUUCGUCUCCUGUUCAAUUCCCAGGUGCUGAGGGAUGAUCGGUGGCCCCAGAGCGUGUGUAUGUCAUGCUGUGAGAAGUUGAAUGAAUUCCAUGGAUUUUACUGCACUGUCAAGUCCUCGGAAGAGACUCUCAUGGGAAUUUAUGGUCAUAUAGAAGCCCAGACAGAAGAUUUCGCAGAUGAAGAUAAGAAAUUCUUAAUCAGUGAAAUAGAAAUAGUGGAUACAAUUAAAGAAGAUGCGGUGGAAAUAAAACAGGAAUGUGCGAGUUCGACAGAAUCUCCAGAAGAUACUGGAGCGUAUGAUGAUGAACCAGGAAGUGCAAAGAAUAUUCCAUUGAAGAGUCGAAAAUCUUCAACUAAAAAGUUGGCCAGAAGGAAAAGGAUUACCAAAGGCAAUUCCAACAAGAAAGAAGUUCUGGAUGAGAUCAUUGCCAAAUUCGUCAAUUUAAAUUGUGAACUGUGCACAGCUUCUUUCACAGUCUUCGAGGAUCUCAAGCAGCAUUACUGCGAUGCUCACAGUCAAGUGGGCUACGUCACGUGCUGCAAUACGAGAUUUGAGAGGCGCCAGCGUCUUGUUGCGCACGUUACCUUUCACGUAGAUCCCAAGAGUUUCCAGUGUCAGGAAUGUGGGAGGACUUUCAAGUUCCGUAGUCUUCUUAAGAAGCAUCUAAGUAUCCAUAUUCCGCCAGAUCAGCGACAAUUUAAGUGUGAUCAGUGUCCUAAAAGUUACACAAAACUCUAUCGACUUACGGCCCAUCAGAAGGCGCAUGUCCCACCGGAGGAACGUGAGCACGUCUGCCCUCAGUGCAAUAAGGGCUUCUCCACUGGCCCAGUAAUGCGUUCCCAUAUCAAACUUGUCCAUGAGAGGUGCCAGACGAAAGUCUGUGAGUUCUGUGCGAGGAUCUUCAAGACCAAGGAAGCCUUUGUGGCCCAUCAGGUUAAUCAUAUGGAACAGAAACCACCUAAAAUGCAAUGUGAAUACUGCGGAAAGAAGUUUAAGCACCGACAGGGACUGACGAGGCACAUGCUCAGGCAUAAAAAUCCCAAUCAGGCUUUCCAGUGCGACAUUUGCAGCAGGACAACAACAACCAAGAGAGCACUGUACAUGCACAAGAAGUAUGUUCAUACGACUCAGCCACUGAAGUGUAAUCUCUGCGACAGGGAAUUCAAGAGGCCAAUUAAUCUAAAGGAGCAUAUGGCAUCCCAUACUGGCCAGCAACAACUGUAUAAUUGCAAUUUCUGCGAUAAGAUGUUUAAUAGUAAUGCCAACAGGUAUUCCCACCAAAAGCGGAAGCAUCCGCAAGAGUGGGAAGAAGCCAUGCGGAAGAAGAAUGAGUAGAAUAAAAAUCACUGUCUUGAAUCAAUUUUCCCAUCGUCAAUGACGAAUACACUGCCAUUCUUGUGAUCUUUGAGUAUCUCAAGAGCAGCUUUGGCCACAGCCUGAACAUCCUGGAUGGGGUAUUUGGCCAUUGCAGCAUGAUAUUCGGGAGCAAAUUCGGGAAAAAGACAGCGAGCAUCGAAGGAAUCGGUGAAGAGUCGGGUGUUUGUGGCUCCUGGGCAGAGAGUGUGGAAGUAGAUGCCGAAGCGAGAGAAGAAGAAGGCUUCGGAAAAGCUCGAGGUGAUUGUGAGAACUGCUUGUUUUGUGGCAGAGUAUAGAGGAGCAGCCAGGACGGGUUUUAGGGCGGCUAUUGAAGAGAUGUUGAGUACACAUCCUCCAGAUCCACCUUUAUCCUGGCGCAUGUGUUCAAUGGCCAGUAGGCAGGAGUUUACAACACCACAGACAUUUACUUUAAACAUCUUCUCGAAGUCAAAUUCAUCGAAGAUACCAGCACUAUUGAUCACUAUAUCAAACUUUUUGAACUUUUCGAUUCCUUCAUGAAAGGCUUUUCUGAAGCUAUCCAUGUCUGUGACAUCCACUGGGAAGAAUUCCAUAGAAUACUUGGGAUAUUCUGAUCUCCACAAACUCAAGACAUCCUUCUCAAUCAUCCGGAUAUCCACAAUAGCGAGUUUUUCAAUUCCGGAAGCCAGCAAAUUCUCAGCAAUGGCUUGUCCAAUGCCAUUGGCUCCACCCGUGAUGAGAACACUCUUUCCCAAGAUUUCCAUCUUACAACAAGAACUUUUAGUUUAUUUUACAGAGCAAUUUAUACUGUGUUUGAGAAGAGGUUUUCAGCUAAGCAAGCCUCUAAAACUGAAGCCGCAGAAACUCAAUCAUGCCGUUGCGGUUUGCAAUUUAGGUGAAUUUCAGUCGCUAUCUCUAAAUUAACGAGCUAAAGUAGAGUAAUGUGGAUUAUUAUUUGUCAUCUGUAUUUGAUGAUAGUUUGAAAUUGGGCUAUAUACUGGUGAUUGAAAAUAGAUUAAAUAUAUAUUGAAACUUAAA